AUGUCCAACGUGGCUACACGACUAGAGUCGCGCAAGUCGCUGCUCGGCACUGACACGGGAUAUGGCUAUGGCGGUCACAGCUACAACCAGUCCUACGGUGACGGCGACCUCUCGCCGACAUACGAUCAACCCCCGGUUCCUCAGCCCUCAUAUCCCGACAACUCGCACACACCUGAUCCGGCCUACAACCAAGGCUACGCCUAUCGGGAAGGCCUCACCUCGUCCGCUCCCGCCCCGAGCACUAUUCAUGGCAGCAUGGGCUUCAUCAAGAGCAAGUGGCCCGCUGCCAUGAUGACAGUCUCUGUCCUCCAGGCCAUCCUCUGCAUCUGCUUUGAAGCAUACAUCUUUGCCAAAUUUCAGACCAAUCUCGGCGAUUACGCCGGCAAGCCCAAGGUUCAGUCUCAGGUCAAGACUAUCCCGACCUUCUUGACCCUCUUCAUCUUCGGUUUCCUGUAUACCUUGAUCAUUGUCUGGGAUGCUCUCCGUCAGAAGAACACCAUUCAGGUCAUUGGAGUCUGCUUCUCCAACCUCGCCCUCAUGGUCUACACCACCAUCCAAGUCGAUCAAAUUAAGGAGGCUAUCCAGGUUCUAACGAACAACGCCGCCCUCGCCGAUAAAAUCACCGCUCCGGAACUCUGGGCUGACGUCAAACCGUAUCUCAUUGCCAUCCCCUGCAUCAUUGCCUUUGCCACCGUCUGCAUGGCAUUUAUCUCGUGGAAAAUUUACCAGGAAUAUGCCUGGGACAUCCUCAAGACCAUCGGUGCCGACUACCGCAUGAAGAAGCGCUUCCUCCACUAUCAGAUCUACAUUGCUCUCUUGAAGUUCGAUUUUUUCUUCUUCCUCGGCUUCAUCGUCCAGUUCGUCGUCGUCGUUGCCCAGAAGAAUGAUCCCGAAUUUGCUUUGACCAUCGUAACGAUCCCCAUCACCAUCGGAAUUCUCCUCGGCGCUGCCUUCUUCACCCGCAAGGAGAACAAGGCCGGCAUGUGCAUUGUCAUGAUCCUGUACCUCGGCGCUCUCACCUACUUCAUCUUCAAGCUGGUUCGAAUCUAUCAGCCUCAUUUCAGAGGGUCCUACGAGGCCGUCCGCAAGUCGCUCACUGCCUUUGCCGUCAUCACCAUCCUACUCAUCGUCCUCACCAUUGUCAACGGCAUCAUCUGCAUUGGCAACUUUAACAAGGGCCUGAAGCCUCACCUACAGUCCAAGCCCAAGGUCGUUGAGAAGCCAGACCUCAACUCUAUCAACCUGCAAGAUGUCAAGCCCCAGAUGCCCAGCCGCAUGACCAUCGACUAA